CCAGCAACCACGCCGCCUCGGCUGAAUGGCCGUCAUCAGUGAUGGCUUGUAGACGACUGAAUGCAUGGCGUAACUUGAAAGAAGACUUGAUUCAUCCUUGGACCAGGGUUCUGUCUCGACUUCGCCGCUUGCUGUCGGACUUCUGACGUCUCGAUCCGAUUCUGCCCGUGGCUUGAAGAGCAGCUUGCGCAGGACGGCGACAAUGGGCGAGGCAAGGAGUGCCGCCACUGCUAUCUGGCCGAAGGACCACGUAUCGAAUGUCGCCUCGCCAUUUUGAGCUAUUUCAAGGCUGUUGCUUGAGCACGCGCAGGGCAAUGAGUCUGAUCGGACCCCAAGCAAAGACGAGAUACAGCCAGAUGAUCCAAAAGAGCGAGGUGAAGUCAGCCAACGAGGACCAAUUCGAAGUGUUCGAAACCACGCAAUCUGCUUUUAGUGACAACGUAACUCGGCAAACACUGAGCUGUGGAAAAUCGCUGUCCACUCGCAUGCCAACGAGAUUCCAAAGGCUGGCAUGACGACAAGAUCCAGCCCGAGGUGAUAGAUC